GCGCUACAGACCAAAAAUGCCUCUCUUUCCCAGCCACACAGCCUGAUUGCUAAAUAUGGCUAUCUAGACAACAAUGUAUUUCAAGUCAAAAAGCAGCCAGUAAACACUGUGCAGCCCUCCCAGCCAAGAAGUAAUCUUGAGAUUGCGGUUAAAAGAUACCCUCAGCAGUUUUCAACUGGCACCAUCGCCCUAGGCAGCAGACAACUGCAAGUGACAGUGAGUUAACUUCCCCUGCAACGGAGAAUUUAUGUGAUAAAGAAGCUCUGCGAUACAUUUUUUUUUCCUCUAUGCCCUUAACCACUCUCUGCUUCAGGAUGGGAGGCUUUCCAGCCCUGCUGCUCUUGCUGGCACUACCAGGGGAAAAUUGUAAUCAGGAAGCAGGCUUACAGACCACUGCAUUUCCCACUAAGAAGGGGGAUGUCACCAACUCCACAGAUGACAGCAGUAAGGAUCAGAGGACCCUCUAUGCUCUUCUGGUGCCGUGUUCCUUCCUGCCUACAGCUGCCCUGAUUGCUACUGUUAUACUCCUCAUCACCACUUACGUUAGAAGGAAAAGGGCAGGAAAAGGGAUGGACUUUGGCAGACAUCCUUCUUCCAGCCAAGCAGCACUGCAGAAGGACAGAAGAAACAAAGCAAGUAGGAUGCCAGAUGGGGAAGUGAAUGAUAGUACAACAUAUGCUGUCAUAAGGCACCAACCUCCACUGAAGCCUGAAGAUGUUAUCUAUGCCAAUGUGCAGCCUUCACCUCAAGUUUUCUUCCACACUCAAGAACCUCCAUGCAAUCCAGUUUCCUCAGGGCCUCUGGAAUAUGCUACUGUUAUUUUCAGAGCCACAACUCCACAUUCUGGAACAGAAAACAGAAAAACGGGUUCAUCUAACCAAAGCAGCACAAAGCCCUGGGGCUUAUUCACAGAACUCUGCUGAAGUAGAAACAACCCAUUUGUAACCAGUGGCUUAAACGGGAUAGAUAAGGGGUGUGAGGCAGAAAGAGCUGAAAGAAUGCACAGACGUUCCCUGGAAAAACAACUGCACCUUUCUAAUAGUACAGCACCACAACCCAGCUAUUGGUAGGCAAAUCUAGUGGAAGACAAUGGUGCCUUUGCUUUCCCUAAAUUGCUUUAUACAGGCAACUCUAAACCCAACUACAGGAAAUUGGUUCUCUCUUGUAGCAGCUGAUACAGCUCCAGUCAGCAAUGGGCUGUGAGAUACGGGAACAUGUUGCUUCCUUUCAGACUUUCAACUCCAACAGCUCACUUAAAUACUCAUAUAUAAAUUGUUAAGUAUUGCCCAUUCUUGUAAAGUCCAAGUCAGCAAGAGAAAUUGCUUUAUUUUAAACAUAUGAGUCGUUUAAUGGACUUCAGAGGGACAAGUAAUGCAUUUGACAUGUUUUAGUAAACAAGGGUCUUGUUGAAAAACAUUUUUCUGCUACAGUGCACAAUGUCUACAGCUUGUACAGAAUUUACAC